CUCAAGUCUCACGAUACUUGUGUUCGGCAGAGGUCGCGUGUUGGUUCCUGUUUCUGGCGGGCCCUUUUAGGUCUCCUAGUCUGAGGCGCUUCUCCCUCUGCCGGAAACCUUCCGACUCAACAGCAUGACGUCCGCCCUGGAGAACUACAUCAACAGAACCGUAGCUGUUAUCACUUCUGAUGGGAGAAUGAUUGUGGGAACACUAAAAGGUUUUGACCAGACCAUUAACUUGAUUUUGGAUGAAAGUCAUGAGCGUGUGUUUAGCUCUUCUCAGGGAGUAGAGCAAGUGGUCCUAGGAUUAUACAUUGUGAGAGGUGACAAUGUCGCAGUAAUUGGAGAAAUUGAUGAAGAAACAGAUUCUGCGCUGGACUUGGGUAAUAUUCGAGCAGAACCUCUAAACUCUGUAGCACACUGAAGAAAGAGCCACACGUUAGACACCUGUAAAUGUUGUACAGAAACGGGGUACUCUCAAAACAAUGCAGGAACUUUUUAUGAGUAUAAUUGCUGAUAUUGACUUCAUGUUGGUACAUUGUAAUAUGUAAAUUAAAAUAUUUCUACAUUUUUAUUGAAAAACAUUGAAAUUAAAAAAUGUGGUUGCUUGAUUUUAUUUUUCUACUACAUGAUAUGAAAAUCUGAUUGUUUUGAAAACUCAGAAAAUAUCAGUUAUUUUCUGAUCAUUUUUAAUAUUUGUGGGGAGGUUGAAAAGAGACACCUAAGUUAGGUUAUUAUAGGUCAUAUGUCAAAGUAAUAGUAGUGCAAAGUGUGUAUGUUUUCUUCCUUGAUUUUUUAGUCAGUUUUUUAAUGAAUUUUUUUCAGUAGCUCUUGUCUUUUACAAGUAUCUGAGCCAGAGGUGUUUACCUACUGAUUGCCUGUGAUUUAAAAAAAUUGCUCCUUGGUUAUAAAAAAGCAUAGAUAAAAAUUUGGUUGAAAUUUGGUAAAGAAAAAAAUAACAAAUUUUAUUAAAUAGAAACAAAUAGAGAAAUAGGAAUGAUGGGAAGGCUAUUGAUAACAGUCUUUAGGAGUAUAGUAAGUUAGAAUAAUGCUGCAUAUGCAAAAAUUCAGUAUCCGAGAACAUUGAUUUCACAUAAUCUAAAAUGCUAUGGUAGUGUUUCAUUUUAAGAAUAUCUAAUAUUAAAAGUUUGUUUAUACAGUUAAGUAAAGCUGAUGCAGGAGCACUGUGUAUUGUCUCACUCCUUGUUCACGUGAUCCACAAAUCUAGUUUUAUGUGAGCAAGCUUGUGUUUUUUUUAAGAAUUUAUAGAAACAGUGUCAUAUUGUACAAAAAUUCAGGCUAGUGUACAGAAGUCAUCAGUGCAGGCCUAAGUGGGUGUCUUUGUGAUAGGAAGAAUAGAAGAAAUGAGCACAUCCUUCUAAUUAAAAUGAAAUCUCGGAUCUAGGUUUAUGUUUCAAUUUCCAGUUCUUUUUAGUGAAAACAUUUGGCAAUUUUUUCCCUGUAAAGAUCCAGAUAAUAAAAUUUUAGGCUUCGAAGGCCAUGUGUUCCCCCUCAUAGCCACUCUUCUGUGCAGCCUGAGAUGACAUGAGUGCACAGCCUUGGCUGUCUUCCCAGUACAACUUCCUUUACAAAGCCGAGAGGCUAGAUUGGCCUGAAGGCCCUAAUUUGAUAACUUUGGCUUAAAAAAUUAGUUCAGUUAGAAGAAAUAAAUGGCCAAUCUGUGUAAUUUCUGAAAAUGACUUCUGGAAUGGGUCCUUUUUGAAUUUAGAGGUAAGUUGGAUGCGCAGUUUAAAACUCUUUGACAUUGUAGUUUUGGUUAAUUAAAACAGAAACAAGCUUUGUGAGGAAAUAGGUUGAAAUAGUGUACCAUCAGAUCGAGCCUAUACUGUCAUUUUAUAUCAAUUUAGCAAAAAAAAUGAAAGUAAUUUCAAAUGAGUAAAGCAAAUAUGUUUAGGGACUAUGAGCCAAAUAUACCUCUUUAAUACAUAGUAUUUUAAAAUUCCUAAACUAAUUCCAAAAAUUAAUCAAGAACAUUUCCUUUCUAUGAAAAAUUUAUUCAAACAAUUUGAAGUCCACAGAUCUUUUCCUCCAAAUACUUGCUAUAUCAAGUAUUUUCCUGGUUGAUGUUGGAUUCCAAGUAUGUUUGUUAAUGGUUUAUGGAAGAAGUGAAUGAAGGUGUCCCAAAUGAUGUUUCUAAUUAUUCCUGAAUUGACACGGUAGGCAUUUUAUAUGCUCACAGCCAGUUCAAAUUAUAUUCAUUCUUGCCUGAGAACAAAGAGAACCUUUGUAGUUUC